UACCACAGUUCAAGUUCAACCCAGAUUUGCUUAAAAGCUGUGGGGGAGUGUUCUUUAGAAACCAUAAGCAAGAAGUAGACAAGCUACACCGACAGGAGCAGCCUAUAUCAUGCUUGAAGAAAAAUCGGCAGAAGAAGAGCAUGCACUCGAUGGGGAAGUGGCAAGCAAAAUGUUGAAUGAACUUGUUGAUGUGCUUUUACGUUGGAAGGCUAACAUUAAUCAUGACAUUGACACAAUAGAAGUCCAUCGAAGAGCAUUAGAUGACCUUGUCAAUGUAAACUCACUUUUUACAAUUGCUGUAUUUGUUGGCUUAUCGUUUGCCUCCCCAGGCCAAUUGCACAGCCUGGAAAACCGAUCUGCCUGCGACCCAGACCCAGGCAUGGCCAGGAGGCUCAUUAUAUUUGAGGUGAUUUCCUUCGCCUUCUUCCUCUUAUCGAGUUUAGUAGCCAAGACCCUCAAGGUCCAACUCGAUAUCAACCGAUACAAAUAUUUCAGAGAUUGGCAGUCCAAGCUUUGGAGGGGCUCUAUGCUGUCCUUGUCGUUGAUGGCCUCGUUCCUGGGGAUUGUGUUUUUGACACUUUCCAUGAUUAAUGUCAUCCAGAUAAGGUUGGGGAAGCUGUCUUGUGGAAGUGUGCACGCCAUGGAAGCGGUGGCACCACUCUGUGCAAUUGUUUUGCUUGCUCUUGCCAUCUAUGUACCCUCUUCGGUGAAUGCUAUAUGGAUUUCUAUGAAGCAAGUCCAACCAAAGGGGAAGACCAGCUGGACACAGAAAUCUGGGGGAUGAUUUCUGCGCAGCAUCUGCGAUGGCAAAAAAUAAUCAGAGAAAUGUGUGCCCGUGCGCAUCCAUGCAUACUUAGAUAUGUUUGUGUGAAUCUGUGUUAAACAGGUUUAUAUGCUAGCUUCAUGGUAUGGCAUGUGUUUGUCUACUGGUACAUGGUUGUAUGUCUUCUUAGUUCCUAGUGCUUAAUAAUAAUAAUAAUAAUAAUAUCUAUUCAUCUUUGUAUGUUUUUAAUUCUGAGAUUAUAGGACGAUAAUUCUGCAAGAAGCAAGAUACUGUUUCAACUUGUGUCAGGAGUUUGAAAUUUGAAUCUUAAAUUUGAGUUCAAGUCUUUUUGGCUAAAUUGAGCACUGAUUUGUGCAUAUUUUGUACCUUGCUGACUUUCAAAGAAACUAGCCCACUUUGAUAUUAUUUAUAAAUAAAUGCAUAUAUCACUUUGAAAA